UGCUGGUGUUCCAUUGAUUGGUAUGCCAAUGUUUGCGGAUCAGUUUUUCAAUGUUGAAAAAUAUCAAUAUCAUAAGAUCGGUGUCCGGUUAGACUUGAAAUACCUAACAGAGGAACAGUUUAGAAACACUAUCACCAAGGUUAUUUCAGACGACAGUUUUCGUCAAAAUAUAAUAAAACUGCAUGGUUUGAUGCGUGACGAGGUGCAGACUCCACUGGAGCGCGCCGUGUGGUGGACGGAGUACGUGCUGCGGCACGGCGGCGCGAAGCACCUGCGCUCGCCCGCCGCCAACAUCUCGUGGGCGGAGUACCUGGAACUGGAGCUGGUGUUCACAUUACUUGGAGGAGUAAUAGUUGCUGUAGCUUUAGGUGUCUUCGUAGUUAUUACAAUUUAUAAGCAGUUAUUGAGAAAAUGUUUUAGUGCUUCCAAAAUAAAACGUUCCUGAAUAGAAUAGUAUAAUGUAAAUAUUUA